UGCACAUAAAAGGAAAAAUAAUAAUAUGGGCUCCUCUUCUUUUUCUCCUUUGUAACGUGUCCUUUUUUCAAUUGCAAUACACUACGUUAUAUGACACGGGUGUGAGUGUCAAAUAAGGGUAUGUAAGCAACACUGAUUUGUUUAAUUUUGCAUAUGCUUUUCCAUAUAUUUGAAGGCUCGGCUAAUAUCCCCAAACAAUGUCCAGUGAUAUGUCAAACACAAGUGUCAGACACAAGUAUUUCAAGAAAAGAAAAAUGAAAGAGUCGGCGAAACAUAGACAAUUGAUGCAGAUUUAUAAUCAUUGGCCGACAAAUAUCAAGGAUUGGUGCAUAAGCAGACAGCUGUGGUGGGGACACCGCAUACCUGUUUGGUACAUUGUUGGAAAAGACUGUGAAGAGGAAUAUAUAGUUGCUAGGAGUGCUGAGGAAGCUCUUAGGAAGGCUUGUGAUAAAUAUGGAAAAGACGUAGAAGUUUAUCAGGAUCCAGAUGUUCUUGACACUUGGUUCUCAAGGUUGGUUAUUCAAUUUUAUACUCCUUAAUUAUGAUAUCAUCAUUUUAGGACGGAAAGUCAUUCUUUACCUAGAGUUUCUCCCUCUUGUUUGGUACAUAAUUAGCCUUCUUCUCUAACUGAUUGGAUGGGAUGAUAUUAUAUUACAAGCUAGAGUUCACAACCAGUCUAUGUCAAUUCUAUUUUUGAUGUCCCUUUGGUUUUAUUUUCUUAUUAAGUCGUGUUUAUGUUAGGGGAUCUGAUUAGGAUACUGAUUUUGUUGGGAUUUGGUUCUAAUUUUUAUUUCCUGAAAUUAUCUUAUUAGUUUAAAUAAAACUUUCCUAAUAAAUUAGGAUAUUCUGAUGUCAUAUUUUUAUUUUCCGUAUUAGAAUAAGGAAGUAGGCAACUCCUUUGGAGUUCCACAACCAUAGGCAAAAAUAUAGCCAAACUUCUGUAGCAACUGCUAGCAGGGCUUCUCCUCCUCAUACCAAUAAUCCUAACCUUGCAGCCUCUUUGGAUUUUUAAUUAUGAAAAAUAUUUGCUUAACUAAAUUUAAGAGCGUUUUUAUAAGCUUUUAUUAGAUUUAAAUUAAAUAUAAAUAUCACUGACUCACUGUACAAAUACAAUAAAUAUCUAAUAUUCCAAUUAGUACUGCAAGCAAGAAGACAACAAAUAUUAUAAAAACAAAAAUGAAAGCAUCAAGUUAUUUAAAAUCAACUAUUAAGAAUCACUAUCGAAACAUUAAUUACAAUACAUACAAAAACAAAACGUUCGGGGUAGAAUUCAACAAAACCACUUGAAAAAUCACUAUCCAAAACCCUAAUUAUAUAUAAUAAAAAAAAACAAAGUAGAAUUCAUCAAAACUACUUCCUACUUCAACAACUCGAAACUGAAUGCAGACUUUACCAUUAGCCGGCUGCGCUGAAUAAAACCCUAGGGGAAAAGGAAAAAAUUGUAAAAGCAAAAAGCAGAAGUAUAAAAGGAGCGGGUUUGGUUUUAUGAGCCACUUGCAUGCCAAAAAUGCUACUGAGUUAUGGUUGAGUAGUAACGGGUUUGCUCUUACUUGAAAAAAGAAAAAGGAAUACAAAUUUAAUUUUGCUCUUACUUGAAAUAGAUUGACGGGUGGUGACGGGUGGACCGAUGGUGACUACCUGACUGGUGAACGAUGAUGGUGGACCGGUGGUGACAGCCUGACUGGUGAACGACGAUGGUGGUGGCCAGUGGGUGUUGGAUUGGAGAAGGCAAAGUUAUUUUGUUAGAGUUAGGGAUUUAGAAAUUAGCUGUUAGUUUAGGGAUUAGAAAUUGGAGGCAGUUGGAGAGGAAAAGAAAACUAACGGUACGCAAUUAGGCAUCUGAUUCGGGUUGGAUAUAAUAUUUGAUGUUUAUACAUUAUUUUAUAAACAAAGAAAGAAACCACAACAAAGCCCACAACUUUUAUAGGUGCUCUCCUCUGCUGAUGAAAGUUGGAAAAGUGUGGGCCAUUAAACCAAGUUGCCAACUUCUCAAAUAAGUAAAGCCUCAUAGCAUAGCAAGAUAUUGCCAUCAAUCUUUUUGCACUAAUAAACCACUUGGUUGAUAGAAAACAUUAUUCACAUUCAUGAGGACCAAUUUUCAUUAUUCG